AUGGACCCCCUCUCGAUAACAGCCUCGAUCGCAGGCAUCACAGGCAUCUGCCUCCAAGCAGCCCGCGCCCUCGACACCCUCCGCACCAAAUUUCAAAACGCUCAAGUCACCAUCACCGCCCUCUCCUCUCAAUGCGCCGCCAUCAAGACCGGCCUGUCCCAGCUCCAGACCCUCAUCCUGCAAAACCACACCGUCCACGGCCAGGCCGAUGUCGUCCACACCCUCGACACAACCCUCACCGGUUGCCUAGUCGUACUAACCUGCUUCGAGGACUCCCUCGAAAAACUCUGCGAUGCCACCGCACUGAUGGAGUCCCGUCGCUCGCUUGUGCGGACGUGGUGGACUAAAGCGCGGAUUGUGCGAAAUGAGGGGGAGAUGAAGGGGUACCUAUCGCUAUUGCAAGGACAGCAGUCCGCGAUUGCGUUUCUGAUUCAAGUGUUGCACAUGAAUACUACCGAUGAGAUUCUCGAGGGUGUCAGAAAUGGGAAAGGUUUGCUAGACAGGCAAGCGACCAAGGCGGCGUCCUUGCGGUUGGCGAAUCCUCAGCUUCAAAUUGCCGAGUCUGUUCUGAAUCCGCGGAGGACUGCCGACACGAUCUUCCGUGGGGAUGGAAACACUGUGGCCGAGGGCGUCGAGUUCGAAUUUGAUAACACUGUUGUCAACUCGAGAGCCUACCGACGAAUGAUGGCUUUGGCGAAGGAGGUCGUCACCAACAGGACUAGCACGAAAAGUCCGCAAUCGAUCAUGGCUCUGGAAAAUAUCAGCUUCGACUCAAAAACCCAAUCACGAUCGUUACUCGUGUCUACAUCCGAGCAAUCCGGUGACCGGAGGGGUGACCCUACAGCAGUCUCGCCGAUGCCAUCCACAGCGUUCGAGGUUGUUCAACCUGCACCCAAACCUACUACCGACACUUCCGAAGAGGCUGCCACCCAACCCACGACCUCCCAAAGCUUGCCAACAAGCCUAGAUAUCCUCAAAGCCCAACCAACCCAGCUCGGAACAAUCCACACCACCGAAUACUUUGGCCAGCGCUGCCAGCACCUCUUCACGACCGUCACCCAAUGGGUCCUCCGCUUCUCCAAAUUCUCCGACAUGCGCGCCAGCCGCCUGACCUCGGAAAUCAACGAUGAAAAAAUCAUCGACAGGCUAGAUAACUCUGUCCUCGACGGCUCCGGCCCCGAUAACUACCUCCGUGACAGGGUGAAACGCCGGGACAUGUUCACUUCUGUCACCAUGUCAAUGAUCUGGGAAUUCAUUUUCACCCGUUACCUCUUCGGCAUGGACCGGGAGCAGAGGUUCAAGCUCAAGUCAUUAGAAAAACAGCUAACGGACGUUGGGCCGACGGCGACGGUCCGUGCUUGGAGGGCUACCACGCUGGGGCUGUGGUCGAGGAGGGAAUCGUUCAGAAAACAGAGGGAUAGGGAUGCCGUUGCGGUGGCAGAGGCGAUUUUGGAGGCGCUGUCGAAGGUGUUGCCGCCGCCGGGGAAUUUGGAAGAGCAGUUGAGGGUGCAGCUGAGGAGGGUGGUGAGUGAGGCGGUGGAUUUGUCGAUAGAGAUGAGGACGCAGGUGGCUGAGUUUAUGGUGUUGCCGCCGUUGAUGCCCGAGUACAAUGAGGAUGGGGAGCUGGCGGCGACGGUGAAUUUUAUCUCGUCGUUGAUGACGCAACCGGGUGGUCGGGGGGGCACGGAGGGGGAUCUUGAGGGGGCUGUGGUGAGGGUUGUUUUGUUUCCUUUGGUGGUGCAGAAGGGGGAUUUGAGAGGGGAAGGGGAGGAGGAGGUGGUGGUGUUUCCGGCGCAGGUUAUUGUGUGA